AUGUCUGAUUACACCCCUGCCAGCGAAAAGUGUGACGCGUCGUCUAUGGACUGGGCUUCGCUCGUCGUCACUUUCAUCACCGUCAAUAUCACCUGGUGGUUGAUAGAUAUACCCAAGAUCUGGAAAUUCGGGUUUGGCGCCUAUAUAAAUGCAAUCUCAUGGCAGUGCUUGCGAAUAAGCCUGCCCAGCGUUGCGGCCGUCUACGCCUACUAUCACCACAAAGAAACUCAUGAGAUGGCAAAGAUAUACUACCACGGCUUCCAUCCGGACCCUGAACAGCAACGCCUUCCGAUGACCAGGAUGCAGGUUGCCCGGGCUCUCGCGGUGGACUCGUUGAUUGUUGCCGCUACUUGCAUGACUAUCUACAAAGCCUGCACUCUCACCAUAGACAGCUCUGGUAACUCGACGGUUUCUGGUUGGAAUUCCUCUCUAUGGGUGUAUCCCAGUCUUCCCGUCGCCAUCAUCGGGUUUUGGAUGCUGGCCGCCUCUCAGUUUCGCAUACGGAACCCGUGGAUUCUCUUUUCUGUCGGCUUCAUCGCCAUAGCCCUAGCAUGCGUAACCUUUUCACUCGUGCUAUACUAUGUUUCACCUUUGCGCCAUGGGAACAUGUGGGUUGCAUCACUGAUUCUCUACAUUUAUCUCGCCCUUCCAUGGAGCUUGAUCCUGCCAAGUCUGGGACUGGAAUUGCUACUUCUUGCAAUGAGCGUCAUGGUGCGAGCCGGCGGUGUUGCGGCCGGGGCUCUUUCAAGCGAGGCUUAUUUCCCCUUUUGUCAGCUCCGCAACGGUGCCUUUGGAGGUGUCUAUCUGGCCUUGGGCAUUUUGGCAGCUCUUUUCGCUAUCUAUGGUCGGUUCAAAUGGGAUCGAGUCCAAUAUGUUCCGCGCUGGCGAGCUCGACCGACAGGCCAGCAGCAGACGAUGAAUGCUACUACAGGUACUUCGUAUGACCCCGUGCAAUUAGAGGCGCAAGACGGUGGCCAGAAGAAUGGGGCUAAUGAGCAGGUCGAUGGAUAUGGUCGCACAUGGAAUUCGCCACAGACCAACGUUGUUUGGCAUUAA